AUAUAUAUAAGUUUGACAAAAUAUCAGGAUUAAUCUCACGCUUGUUAUUUGCUCAUUGAACGGUUUAUAAAAAAUAAAAGUAUUGUUGUUUUUAUAAAUAUUAUGUAGAUAUCUGAAAUAUGUUUCUUUCCACGAUUAUGGCAAUAUUGUAUGUGAGGUUUAACGGUUAAAAAUAAAGCAGUGCUAGACGCGAGGAAUAAAAAGGAGGUGUACAUAAAGUUAUACAAAUAUAACGUGUCAUUCCUCAUUUUCGCGAUCCCGCAAGUGAUUAAUAAAAAAGAAAACUAAAAAAAUUAUAAAACCUUGCGGUUUGAUAAUUCUCGAUAUAAAGAGAAAUUAAUCAAUUUCUAGUUCUAAAGAUAUACGUUCAGGAUGCAGAGAAAGUGACAAGUUAUUCUUAACCAAGUUAUUCUUUCUACUGCAAUAAAAUAUAAAAUAAAUGAACGAAGAUUGAUACCUUGUAGAACGAUCAUUUGGGUAUCCCUACCAAGGAAAACCCCUUUAGAAUGCCUACAGUAGUGAAUUCUUCCUUGACAUAUGAAAUUCUUAUGUACUUGAAUUCCUUUUAUUUUGGUAUGUUUGCUGUGUGCGAGUUGGGCAUGGGACUCUUCAAGGCUGCUAAUUUACCAUCUCCGGGCACAAGUACUACACUAACAGAGUUUGCGCUCUUAUUCUUCCUUAUAGUGACGGAGGGUGCCAGAAUCUAUCUAGGAAGGAAAGGAAAUUUAACAGAACGUGGCCUACCCAUUCUCAUUGGGAUUUUCUUAACGUUUCCUAGCUCUUUAGCAACUUUAUAUUUCUUAUUUUGGCAAAAUUAUGUGCUUAAAUUAGAAGUGAUCCUUUGUAGCAUACAAUUAGUCAUUUUAGCAUUGGAGCUUAUUAUCUCAAUCAUGUACCUUAUAGCUAUUUAUCGUCCUCCAUCUCCUAAAGAAUGAUCCAUGUAUAUUGGUUUUAAAACAUUAGCAUGUUGCACGUCAAAAGAACUUCAUCAUAUUUUGCACUUACUUCCAUAUUCAGUUUUAAAUGACCUCAUAUUUCUUAAGAAGGAACAAAAUUGUGUUUAACAAAACAUUCUGAAUGUCAAUGAUUUACUAUAGAUUAAAUUAGAUCCUUUGCUCCAUAUAGUUAUACGCGAAGAUUUCUAUAAACAAUCUUUUACAUUGUUUAAUUCUUAUUAUUAAAAGCCUCUUUUAUAAAUAAAACAAUUAACAAUGUAGAUAGUAUAUAAAUUAUUUUUGUAUAUGAUUCCAAAAAAAGGAUACUAAAGGUAGUAUUAAUAAAAACUGCAUUUCUCACUUAACUACAGAAAAUAUUUCAAAAACACAGUAUUGUCUUAUUCUAAAUACUACCUUUCUGAAUAUAUUAAUAUAUUUAUAGUAGUAUCAUCGAUAUUUUACUUAUAUAUUUUUAUGUAAAAUGCUAAUAUAAUGUAAAAUAAUAUUAUGUCUAUUCAAAGUAACUAUUAACGUAAAUUUUAUGAUUAUUCACAAUAUUUAGAAACAACAUCA